UUUUAUUUGCAUUCAAUUAACACUUUAAAGGGGCACCCGUAUUAAACAGCUGGUGACUCGCCUGAGUACGUAAAACUCUCUAGUAUAGUGGGGUUGAAAACUAGUACACACGGUAGUUUAGGUGUUGCGAAGGCGAAUAUAUCGACAUUGUGUACUGAUUCUUUAGCCAUACACCGGACACGGGGUAUUUCAACAGAGCCCGAUGGUAGUGUGUGAUCAAACUGUACGAAUGAGAUCAAAAAUCGUUUUGUAACACUGGGGAUUUUAGGACUCGUUCACUGCAUAAAUCAGCAUGUCAGAGAAAAAUUUCAACAACACAGUUAUACCUCUUGAUGAAAACACAACAUUGAAGAGAAAUUCAGAGUUACCACCCAUGGAUAAUGACACCCCACAUACAGAUAUAAAAAAUUCCAGCCUCCCACCCAUAGAUUCAAAAGGUACCAAGGAAUUGGCAAAUGGAAAAGUUGAAGAAGAAGGCAAGAAAAAGGAUGGGGAGAAAGAAGAAAAGAAAGAAGAAGAACAGAAGAUGGUUGGGCCUCUAGAAAUAUUUAAGUACGGAACAUGCUUUGAUUAUUUCUUGAUGAUCUUUGGAUCAAUCUGUGCCGUGAUUCAUGGCGCUGCCCUGCCCAGUAUGAUCAUCGUGUUUGGAGAUAUGACAGACACCUUUGUUAACUCAGGGAUUUAUUAUAACUGGCUGCUCAGUAUAUCAGCCUAUCUAACAAGUGUUGGAAUCACUAUCAGUCAAGCUGUGGCCAAUCCUUCCAUUCUCAGCUCACACAAGACAGCCCUGGCAGCCGCUCCCUAUAAUGUGACAGAUUUCAGUUCCCUUGACAAAGCCAUCUCAGAGGAUCUGCUGGACACCAUGACCCUCUUUGUUUAUUACUACAUAGGUAUUGGGGGAGGUGUCCUUAUUUUUGGGUAUGGUCAGUUGGCCUGCUGGGUGACCGCAGCUGAGAGACAGACACACAGAAUUAGGAUCGCUUUCUUUAGGAACAUCAUGAGACAGGAGAUCAGCUGGUUUGAUACACACGACUCCGGGGAACUGAAUACCAGACUGUCCGGUGACGUCAAUAAAAUCCAGACGGGUAUCGGGGACAAGAUGGGGAUCUUUUUCCAGUGGUUUUCCUCCUUCCUUACGGGGGUGAUUAUCGGCUUCGUGUACGGCUGGAAGCUUACCCUGGUGAUUCUGGCGUUCAGUCCCCUCAUUGUGAUAGCAGCUCUCAUCCAGGACAAGCUGAUCACAGCAGCCUCUUCUAAGGGUCUGGAUUCCUACGCUAAAGCAGGAGCCGUGGCGGACGAGGUUCUGGGGGCCUUCAGGACAGUGGUGGCCUUUGGGGGACAGGACAAAGAAUGUGACAGAUACAACGUGCACCUGAGUGAUGCCAAGAAGACGGGAAUCAGGAAGGGGCUGACGGUGGGCUUCUCUAUGGGACUUAUCUACUUCAUCAUUUUCUCCGUAUACGGUUUCGGCUUCUGGUACGGAGCUAAACUAGUGAGGGAGGACAGUGACUAUACCCCAGGGAAUGUCCUCAUUGUGUUCUUCAGUAUAAUGAUAUCCGCCUUUGCUCUGGGGUAUGCCACGCCGCCGCUGGGGAAAUUCUCUGAGGCUCGUGGAGCAGCGUACACUGUGUAUCAGCUCAUUGAACAGGUUCCAGAGAUUGAUUCUGCCAGUGGUGAGGGCUUACAGCCAGACGGGGUCACGGGGAAUGUGGAGCUACGGAAUGUCAAAUUCCGAUACCCGGCUCGACCCGAAGUGCAGGUUUUGAAAGGUGUGUCACUAGAAAUCAACCGAGGGGAAACUGUGGCCCUGGUGGGAUCAAGUGGGUGUGGCAAGAGUACCAUCAUACAGCUACUACAGAGGUUCUACGACCCUGAGGAAGGGGAGGUCUGUUUAGACAAUAAUAAUUUGAAGACUUUGAAUGUGGGAUGGCUUAGAAAACACAUUGGCAUUGUGAGCCAGGAACCUGUAUUGUUUGCCACGACAAUUGCGGAGAACAUUCGUUACGGGAAGGAAGGCGUGACUGACGAGGAGAUUCAGGCUGCCUGUAGAAUGGCAAACGCUCACGAAUUCAUCAUGAAGUUUCCCGAUAAAUACGAGACUCUGGUAGGAGAGCGUGGUGCCCAGAUGAGUGGAGGACAGAAACAAAGGAUCGCUAUUGCCCGGGCCCUGGUCAGGGACCCCAGAAUCCUACUGCUGGAUGAGGCCACGUCAGCCCUGGACUCGGAAAGUGAAUCUGUCGUACAGGAAGCCCUUGACAAAGCACGAGCUGGUAGGACCACCAUUGUUGUUGCUCAUCGUUUGUCUACAAUCAAAACUGCUGACAAGAUUGCAGGAUUCCAACAGGGGGAGCUGGUAGAGAAAGGAACUCACGAUCAGCUGAUGCAGAAAGGAGGCGUGUACGCUACACUGGUCAACAUGCAGACUAAAAAUCAAAAAGUAGAUGAAGAAGAGGAAGAAUUGAUUGCCGAGUUUGUGGGUGAAAAGGACAAGAAGGCAGAGAAAGUGGACCACAAAUUACAGCGCCAACACACAGUGCACCAUUUACCUGUAGAUAAAGACACUAAAGAAAGCGAGGACAAGGAUAAGAAAAAGGAGGAGAAGGAAGAAGAGGCUGGUAUUGGUCGAGUCCUGAAGAUGAACGCCCCCGAGUGGCCGUUUAUACUGAUGGGGAGUCUGGGAGCUAUCGUCAACGGAGGUGUACAGCCAGCCUUCGCCAUCAUCUUCUCGGAAAUUCUUGGAACCUUUGCCAUCUCUAAUAACAGUGAACAAGAAGACAAGGUGUUGAUGUGGACGUUACUACUGGUGGGGGUGGGGGCUGCCAGCUUCCUUACUUUUCUACUUCAGGGAUUCAGCUUCAGUGUUUCCGGAGAGAACCUGACAAUGAGACUGAGACAAAACUGCUUCCGUUCCUUACUGAGACAAGACAUAGAGUACUUUGAUGAUCCGAAAAAUUCAACUGGAGCUCUGACCACCAGGCUAGCCACAGAGGCCGCAGAAGUCCAGGGGGCAUCGGGAGCACAGCUGGGAACCAUGUUACAGAACCUUGCCAACAUAGGGACGGGCAUCAUUAUAGGGUUUGUGUAUGGCUGGCAGCUAACUCUGGUCAUCCUAGCGUUUAUCCCAAUCAUCGGAAUAGCUGGGGUUCUGCAGAUGAAACUUUUGGAGGGAGUCUCAGGUCAGAAUAAGGAAGCUUUGGAAGAAUCAGGUAAAACAGCGACAGAGGCGAUAGAGAACAUUCGUACGGUGGCUAGUCUGUGUCAGGAGGACAUGAUGGUAGAGCGGUACAAGUCACAGCUGGACGGUCCCUACAAGACCGCCCUCAAAAAGUCCCACCUGACAGGAAUCGCCUUCGCGGCGUCCACCGCUGUCAUGUUCUUCGCCUACGCCACCGCCUUCUAUUUUGGUGCUUACAUGAUAGAGGAGAACGAAAUGACAUUCACCGAUGUGUUCAAAGUAUUCAGUGCUAUUGUGUUUGGUGCCAUGGCUAUGGGUGAGGCCAGUGCGUUUGCACCAGAUGCUGGGAAGGCCAAGAAGUCCGCUGCAUUAAUCUUCAAGUUGUUAGACAGGGAGCCCAAGAUUGAUCCUUACUCCGAGGAAGGAAUCAAAGAUGAGAGUUUCACUAGCGCUGUGUCCUUCAGAAACAUCCAUUUCCGCUACCCGACUCGGCCGGAUAUGGAGGUCCUACAGGGUCUGAAUCUUGAUGUGACCCCCGGGGAGACCCUGGCGUUAGUGGGAGCCUCAGGUUGUGGCAAGAGCACCACCAUGCAGCUGAUUGAGAGGUUCUAUGACCCAGACACGGGUGAUGUGCUACUGGAUAAGAAUAAUUUAAAAGAUCUGAACGUCCAGUGGUUGCGUCGUCAGAUUGGAAUCGUAUCCCAGGAGCCCGUGCUGUUUGAUUGCAGUAUUGCGGAGAACAUCGCAUACGGGGAUAACUUCAGAGAGGUUCCGAUGGCAGAGAUCAUUGAGGCCGCCAGAAAUGCUAAUAUUCACGAGUUUAUCCAGUCUCUGCCAAAUGGCUAUGACACACUUUGCGGUGACAAGGGGACACAACUCUCAGGUGGACAGAAGCAGCGAGUGGCCAUCGCCCGUGGACUGGUCAGAAAUCCCAAGAUCCUUCUGUUGGACGAGGCCACUUCUGCCCUUGAUACAGAGAGUGAAAAGAUUGUCCAAGAAGCCCUUGACAAAGCAAGAGCAGGAAGAACAUGUAUCGUCAUAGCUCACCGACUUUCCACGAUUCAGAACGCAGACAAGAUCUGUGUCAUCAAACACGGAGAGGUCGCGGAGCAAGGUCGUCACAGUGACUUAAUCCGUGUGAACAUUAAUCAUUCCCCUACACAGAAAUCCAACCCAGGGUUUAUUUUCGGAGGGUUUUUCCCUCAAAGUCCACACAGUCACGGAGAGAAUGAUAAUGUAGCCGGUCCUAAUCAGAUCAUUGAAUGGGCUGACCAACAAUUCAGCACCCACUCAGAGGAGCUUUCAGAAGUGGCCCGAGUCUUGGAAAAGAAAGUACGAGUGUUAUGUUGGGUGAUGACUAACCCCACAAAUCACCAAAGUAAGGCCCGCCACGUCAAAGCAACCUGGGGCAAGCGCUGCAACAAACUGCUGUUCAUGAGUUCUACUGCUGAUGCCUCGUUGCCGGCCGUUGCUCUGGAAGUUAAAGAGGGACGUAACAAUCUCUGGGCCAAAACCAAAGCCGCUUUUAAAUAUAUUUACCAAAAUCAUUUCAACGAUGCAGAUUGGUUCAUGAAGGCAGACGAUGAUACAUAUGUUAUUGUGGAAAACCUAAGAUAUUUCCUAGCGGACAAGAAGACACAGGAACCAAUGUACUACGGUCGGCGGUUCAAACCCUACGUCCCUCAGGGCUACAUGUCUGGUGGGGCGGGCUAUGUCCUUAGCAAGAUGGCACUCAAGAAAUUUGUGGAGAAGGGAGUAGACGACCCAAAGUUUUGUCGGGUGGAUGCGGGAGGGGCGGAGGAUUUGGAGUUUGGAAAAUGUAUGCAGAGAGUGGGAGUGACCGCAGGUGACAGCUUGGACAAGCUGGGGCGGGAGAGAUUCAUGCCAUUUGUACCAGAACACCACUUAAUUCCCGGGAUCCUCCCCAAAGAUAUGUGGUACUUCUCUUACAACUUUCACCCAGUCAAGCAGGGACCAGAGUGUUGCAGUGACUACGCUAUCUCAUUCCAUUACGUGAACCCCAAUAUGAUGUAUGUCCUAGAGUACCUCAUUUAUCAUCUAAAACCAUACGGUAUCAACACCAUCACCAAAAUAGAAAUGGACGACCCAAAAUCUGAACCUCAGAAAAUGACCCGAGUUGACAAGGAGGAAAAAACAACAACAAAAAAGACUGAGCCUUCAACAACAGCAAAACGCAAAGAAGAUCCUGCAAAAAAUACCCUAGCCCCAACCCCUCUCCCCACGAAAGGAGGGAAUGAGGCAGAGCAGAAAAAGACAUUGGCCCCAAAACUGGACAUACCUAAGCCUGUGGGGUAGGGGGGUAACAAACCCUCACGGUAGUGCUAGUGAUUAUGUUUGGAUACCAUGACUGGAAGGAUGCUAUUUUUGUUUUUAGAAGUGGGAGUUGGUUUGCUAUGAGAUAAAUGUGUAAGAUUUAAGGGAUGAAUUUUGGUAAAAGUUGAUGAAUAGAUAGAAUUGUUAAUGAUUGUAUACUUUGUUCAGUAAACUGCUUGCCAAUUUUGAAGAUUUUGGACCAUUGUUAUUGUUUUAAAUGAUAUGGUUAUGUUGUUAUUUGUGUAUCUUGUUAUUUGUGUAUAGUGCUGUCGCAGAGAAGAGUUAGUAGCAAAAGAAAUGACUAUACACAGUGCACAUAUUUCAAAAUACAGAGAAUUAUUUUUUUUUUAUACAGAAUGGAGGAAUUAUUUAAUCAUUAUGUAGAUACUGGGCUGUAAUUUAGAAUGAUUGUUUUUUUUUUUUUUUUUUUGGUAUUUUAAGACUGGGUGUAUGAGUUGUUUCCCUUUGGUUGCAAUAUAAUGUUUUUGAGAAAAAGCUCAUUGAAGUUAUUGGGUAAAAUCAAUAUUUAAUGGGUUAGUUAUUCUAUAUUUAGCAUUAUAAGCAUAGAAAAAGAUUUACAAAGUUCCUCAAAGUGCAGAAUUUUACAAUGUAACAUAUGAGUAUGGUUCUGUUAGCUGUUUUGUUAUGGUCAUUCAAUAUUCUUUUUCUUUUAUCUGUUUCUAACAGCCAAUGUUCAGCAUAUUUAAUGCUAAGAUGCUGUGUCCCAGUAUUAUAGAUGUCAUACGACAUUGUGUUUAAUGAUUUAUAAUUAGAUUAACUAAGUCCUAUACAUGUACUACUGUUUUUCAUAUUGGUUUUAUUUUCAACGCCCUUACACACUGUAAACAAUUUUGCUCCUAUAAUGCCUGUUUUUCAUGCACAGAGCAAUAUAGUUGUGUCAAAAAGAUGAUGCCAUAUUAAAAAAAAAUCAUUUGAAUAUUGUCAUAUGAAUUUUUAACAUUAACGUACAUCAUAUAUACACUGAUUCAGAAGUAGAAAUUUUAAAACCAUUACAUUUAUGACAUUACAACAGUAAUGCAUGGAAAUUUUGGACUGUGUCUUAAGUAUAAAAAACACAAACUUUUUUUUCCCCAAAAUUCAAAUAUCUUUGCUAAAAUAUUUGCCUAUCCUACUUUAUAAGUGAAUUUUGUAUAGUUUAAAUAGCAUACUUUAAGUGUUUGUAAAUAGUUUAGAAAUGUAUGAAGAUUUCUUACUGAAAAGUUUCUGGGGACAUUUUCAAGAGGGUACUUUAGCAUUUUACACAAUUAAAAUUUCUUAAUUACAUUUCCAUUGAAAAAAAUAUUGAAAAAAUACCAUUGUAACUUGCUGUGUACAUUGUAGGAGAUAAAAAAAUGUUUGUGGUAUAUAUCCUUAAAUGCAACCUUGCACUUCUAGUGUUCACUACAGGAUGAUUUUAUUUCUCUGUAAGUUUUAUUCUUUUGUAUGUUUAAUGUGUGACCAAUUACAAUUAAUUUUUCUUUGUGCUUUGUAUAAGCAAAAUCACAAAUUUAAUAGGUUAGCAGUUACUUAAAUUAAACAUAUUUUUUUAAAUAAUCCAAUAAGGAUUGGGCAACUAGCUAGUAGUUAAACUUUAUAUCAAAUUACCAUCAAAAUGUGUUGUGACUUCUCUUCAGAUAAAUGUGUUGUUACUUUUAUUUAAACUUUUACUUUGGAUAUGUGUUACUUUCUAUUUAAUUGUUGUUACUUUCACUUUGGAUGGGUUACUUUCUCUUUGAAAUGAGAAAGUGAAUAAAAUUCCUGUUUAUUGUGAUGAUAUGCAUAUAUUCUGGUGAGUCUAAAUUGAUUUGGUAAUACUGAGUAUUAACCAUCAAAAACAUUUUAAAUUUAAGUGUUAUGGUUUUGCACAAAUUUUAAAAAGAUGUAACCACUUGUUAUCACUAGUUUUUAUGUAAAUCUCUCACUGAUGCACCAACGACUGAUCAGAAAUCAAAACAUACUAAGUUAUUCAUGUAAUCUGUGGUGUUCAAACAUAGAACUAGUCAGUAAAAUUUAUUUAAAAGUACUUAGUAUAACGAUUGUAUUAUCAGUACAGAUUGUAUUGGCAGUGAGAGAUUGUUUUUGUUUUGGUUGUUCAAAUUGUAAUUUCCAUCAUGCAGGUAGUUUAGAUGUGUAGCUAUACUGAAAUAUAAGGAUGCUAGAGUUGUCUUUCAUAAGAAUUUUCUCCUCAAUGCUAUUUUUAAGAAAAGAAUGUCUCACGUAGACUGAAAUAAUUAAAAAUUUAUACAGAGAGAGGGGAAGGGAGAGAGAAAACUACAGUUCGUAAAAUUUUUGCAGAAAAAUCAGUACGCUUAUACUCUAUUGUGGGAUGUAAGUUUUUCAUGAAGACCCUUUAUUCUCAAAGGUAAAUACGUUAUUGUAAUUACAUCUAUGUUUCACUAAUGUAUUAGAGUAUACUCUGCUCAUUAUUUUUCUUAAGAUUUGCAAAAAGAAUAUCAAGUUAUAAUCAUGAAAUUGAAAUAAUUUAUUAUUUAAUUUGCCAUAUAUAUAUAUAUAAUGAACUGACAGGAAGUUAUUAUGUCUCCUAUGGUACAAAUAAAAUUUCAAUCAAUGAUGUUACAAGUUUUUUUAGGAUGACCAAUUGUAUUAAUGACAGAGAACUGUAUGUUAAAUAUUUUGUGAUCUGUUAAAACUCUGAAAGUAUUUUAUAUAUUUAAUAAAUGGACUUUAAAAUCUU